AUGGUCGUCUUUGAUGGGCACGAGUACCUCACCGAGGAGGAGAAGCGCUUGAAGGAGGACCGUGAUCGUGUCAAGUACUGGAAGAAAUGGGUGCGCGAGGAUUACAGCCCGGACGGCGACGCAUGGAGUCAUUUCACUCACGAUGAUGCCCGGUCUCGAGCUUUUCGGUGGGGCGAGGAUGGUAUUGCUGGAGUCUCCGAUACCCAUGGCCUCCAGAACAUUGCCUUUGCAUUCUGGAACGAACAAGACCCCUUCCUCAAGGAGCGACUUUUUGGAUUGUCCAACCCCCAAGGUAACCAUGGUGAGAGUAUCAAGGAAGCUCACUUCCACUUGGACAACACUCCUCACUCCUACAUGAAAUACCUUUACAAAUAUCCCCAGAAAGCCUUCCCCUACGAGGACCUGCUGAAAGAGAACGCAAAGCGCGGCAAGGCCGACAAGGAAUACCAGAUCAUUGAUACCGGCAUCUUUGAGGAAGACAGGUAUUGGGACAUUAUAAUUGAGACUGCCAAGGAGGACGAUGACCCCGAGGAGCUCCUGUUCCGGGUGACAGCUUGGAACAGAGGCCCUGAUCCUGCUCCUCUCCAUAUUGUCCCGCAUGUCUGGUUUCGCAACACUUGGGCAUGGGGUAGAGAGGCGGAGGAUCUCAAGCCAUCCAUUUCAGCCCACUCUGAGAACAUGGCCAAGUCGAUGCAUCACAAGCUUGGUGACCGCUAUGUCCUCCUCUCGCCUUCGCCUGGUGUCGGACCUAGUGGAGAAGAUGUCCAGCCUGAGCUCAUGUAUACUGACAAUGACACCAACGUUGACCUCUUGUACGGACAAGAGAACAAGGUCCCCUAUGUCAAGGACGCUUUCCAUCAAUACAUUGUCGAGGGAAAGACGAAGGCCGUCAACCCCGCCAAGACUGGUACAAAGUGCGCUGCUUGGUUCGCUUUCAACGAGUCCGGCGGUGUUGCGCCUGGAGAGUGUGCUGUCGUUCGUUUCCGCUUCGGCAAGAAGGCCGAGAACUACCUCGAUGAAGAAGAGUUCGACGACGUCAUGGAGAAGCGCCGCGAGGAAGCUGAUGACUUCUACUACCGACUCAGUCCCCUGCCGAUGAGCGAUGACCUCCGCAGCAUCCAGCGUCAAGCUUUCUCUGGAAUGAUGUGGUGCAAACAAUACUAUCAAUUCAUCUGGGACCAGUGGGCCAACGGUGACCCUGCGCAGCCACCGCCGCCCGAGUCCAGGAAGUCGAUCAGAAACACGCAAUGGAGACAUUUGCAUAUUGAUGACAUCCUGUCCAUGCCGGAUUCCUGGGAGUAUCCCUUUUUCGCGGCUUGGGAUAGUGCGUUCCAUUGUAUUCCGCUUGCCAUGAUUGACCCCGACUUUGCCAAGAAGCAAAUCGACCUCUUCACGCGAGAAUGGUACUGCCAUCCCAAUGGUCAACUCCCAGCGUACGAGUGGAAUUUUGGCGACGUCAACCCCCCUGUGCACGCCUGGGCAACCUUCCGUGUGUUCAAGAUCGAGCGCAAAUUGUACGGACGCCAGGACUUGGACUUCCUCGAGCGCGUCUUCCAGAAACUCUUGUUGAACUUCACUUGGUGGGUCAACCGAAAGGAUGUGGAUGGCAAGAAUGUCUUCGAGGGUGGAUUCCUGGGACUGGACAACAUUGGUCUAUUCAACAGAUCUGAGCCGCUGCCCACUGGUGGUACUCUAGAGCAGGCCGACAGCACUGGAUGGAUGGCCUUCUAUUGCCUGUGCAUGUUGAACAUCGCUCUUGAGCUGGCCAAGCACAGGCGAAUCUACGAGGAUAUUGCCUCAAAGUUCUUUGAGCACUUCAUUUUCAUCAGUGACGCCAUGACCUUCAAAUCUGGCCAGUCUGAGGAGAAGUCGCUGUGGAACGAAGAAGACGGCUUCUACUACGACGCAAUCUCUUGGGGCGGACCCUGGAUUCAGCAGCUGCCCGUGAGAUCGCUGGUGGGUCUGAUCCCGCUGUAUGCUACCUUGACCUUGGAGCCCGAGCUGGUCAACAAGCUGCCUUCAUUCAAGAAACGUGUCGAUUGGUUCAUGGAGCACCGAUGUGACUUGGCAGAACGCAACAUGGCCAGCAUCAGGAAGAGAGGAAAGGGAAACAGAAUUCUCCUCUCAAUGGUCGGCAAGGACCGCCUUGAGAAGAUCCUGAAGAGAAUGUUGGACGAGGACGAGUUCCUCAGUGAACAUGGUAUUCGUUCGCUGUCCAAGUAUCACAAGGAGAACCCAUACUCGAUGAAUGUCAAUGGGCAAGAGUUCAAGGUUGGAUACGUGCCUGGUGAUUCUGACAGCGGUCUCUUUGGAGGCAAUAGCAACUGGAGAGGUCCGAUUUGGUUGUGUGUCAACUUCCUCUUGGUGGAGUCUCUGCAGAGGUUCUACUUGUUCUACGGACCGCAGUUCCAGGUGGAGUGCCCGACUGGCUCCGGUGAUUACAUGCAUUUGGGCCAUGUGUCGGAGGAGAUCCAGCACCGCCUGCAGCAUCUAUUUGCUCGCGGCGACGAUGGGCGACGCAGCAUCAACGAUGGAAACGAUGUUCUUGAUUUUGACCCGCACUGGAAGGACCACAUGUGGUUCCACGAAUUCUUUGAUGGCGACACGGGUCGUGGUCUGGGAGCAACGCAUCAGUGUGGUUGGACGGGUCUGAUCGCCCGCAUGAUUCAUGACACAGGCAUCAGCUGUCGUCUGCCACAGACUCCUAGGACUCCGUCCGUUGGCAUGGCCCACUACUUUGACGAUGUUUUCCAUCGCACAGUGCACGGGCAUAAGGAGAAGAACGGCAAGCCCAAGAUGCGCCGCUCCUCCACGGCGCGAUCGAUUGGAGCCCGAAGUGACUUUGAAGGCUCAGUCAAUGGAGAUGAUGAUGACGUUGCCUCGCUAGGCAACAGCGUUUCUAACCUCGACCCUGAGCGCGAGAGUGAGCGUAGAGAGGCAGAUGCCCAUCUUCACCACUACAUCAGCGAGCAGCUGGAAAGAGUGAAGACAGACUUGGAGCACGACGGCUACAACAUGGAGGAUGAAUUCGAGACACACGCAUAG